CAUACAUGUUUACCACGUAUAUGAGAAAGGCUCCGCUGUUCUUUUGAUCCGACCGACGCGCGGGCAUUGCAGUUGCACAGCUCGAGCCGAGUGGAUCGCGCAUGACGCUUGGCCAGGUAAUUUAUUUGAAACAGUGACAGGCCGCAAUAUUGCUGCUUCAUUUUGUGCUAUAAAUAUUGAAUAUUUAGAAGUCAAAACUAAAUGUUAAUUGUUAAUUAAAAGGCUCAGCGCAGCAGUGAACAGCGAUGCCAAGUUUGCGCUGGAUCCACGAGAAUCUCGAGCCACCAAACGUCGAAGAAGAGAGCAGUGACAUAGACGACAGUUGCAGUAGCGACGACAGCUUCGAAGGAAACAAUAACAGAGACGAUAAAACGGAGGCCAAAAGCCAGCUGAGCAGAGUUUUACCCAACGCUUCACUCGAUAACUAUCAAAAUGGCAACCCAGCAGUAGUAGCGUCGAGUCACGCGUCGAUACCUUGGUCACUCGUUCAUUCGAAGGUCGGACAGAAGCCGCUGCAACUGAAGCUACUCGCUCGAACGGGAUACUGCGUCGGCAUCGAUUCAUUGGGACGAGUCGCUGGAGUUGACGCCGACGACAACCACGCCCGCCUCUUCGUGCGAGCAGUGGCUGACGGAAUCGUACGCUUGCAGAGCGCAGAAACCGGUCGUUAUUUGGCAUUCAAUUCCACGGGCCGUUUGUACGGUGAGCUCAACAUGAACAACGACAGCAACGAGUGGGAACAAUGGAGUAUCGGUAAUUACAGCGCGUUUCGCUCGCACCGAUACGCCGAGCUCGACUGGUGGCUCGCCAUCAAGAGGAACGGCCGACAGCUGCCUGGACCAAAGUCAUUGAAAGGACACACGACUGCACAAUUUUUGCCCAUUGUUUUAUAGAGUCAGCGAGCGAUGGAGCAGUUUUUGGGCUUAUGAUGAUCACACCGCGAGCUUGCACAUUUCAACCUGACAUUUCAUUUGGUUUUCAUUUGCAACAUUACUGUUUAGUAUCCAAGAUUUUGAAAUCAAAACCCCUUUUACGCUCAUUUGACUAAAAUUGAAACAAUGAGAUUCAGACGAGUAAUAAUUUGUUUUUUCAAAUUUGAAAUUUGAAGUUGUCAUCAAAGGGCGAAAAUGUACAAUACCAUACGAUUUACAAAAUUAUGAGACACAUGAGAUUUGAUUGCUGGAUCAAAGAUUACAUUUUCAUUAGUUUUUUGAAUGGAUAUUAACAAUUUUUCUUUUAGUAAGAUCGUAUAGUUUAUUAGAUACAAGGAACAUCCCAUUAUGUGUUGUUAUGAUAUCGGAGUUGCCGGGACAACAACAUUCGAUAUACGAGAGUAGUAGUUUAUGAACUAACCGCUAGGUGGUGAUCUUGCCGAAAGCUCACCACGCAUAAACAAACUAUGUCUGAAAAUAGUUAAGAGUGUAAGUGAGUGACGCCUUGUGUUUUUUAGUUGUUUGAUAU